AUGAAGUCGGAGUUGGCUGACUACGGCGGGUCGGGCAACGCAACGUUGAUCUCCAUCGCGCUGCAGCGCAACAACCUGCGCGGCUCGCUCGAGGCGGUGCGCUUCGACGCGCUCGGCGCGGUUCUGGAGUCGCUCGACCUGGACCGCAACGAAUUGGAAGGCCCGGUGCCGUCUUCGCUGUGCCACGUCGCCGCCCUCGCGCAGCUGCGUAUGAGCAACAACCACCUCACCGGCCCCGUUCCCGACUGCUUCAACAUCUCCAAGCAGCUGAUUCGUCUGCCCGCCCACUCGACGCCCAACCGGCACUGCGUGCUCUUCUGGCUCGUCCCUGCGCCCACCCCCAGCGCUGCUGCUGGCGAUGCGCUGCAGGGCCUGUGGGACGAAGUGCUGGGCCGGUCGGGGGCCGUUUGUUACUCCCCGCCCCCACCCACCAUGGCGUCACCUGCAGCACUGCCCCUCGCCGCGCUCGAAUGGGAGGAGUGUACACAGCUCGGAUUUGAUGCCUUGAGGGUGCUGGGCUAUGUGGCGGGCGUGAGCGAGCACAUGGCGGAAUUGCCAGCCAAGGACCUGCGACCGCGCGUCGACCCGCGGCUGUGGGAGGGCAUGUCCGCAUCGCCCCGCUGGAAUGUACGGCCGGGCCGAGUGCUGGUGGCCCACCCACGCACGCCGAACGAGAGCUGGCACCACGCUGUGGUGCUCCUGUUGGAGUACAGCCCGGAGCAGGGCGCGCUCGGUCUGCUCAUCAACCGACCAGAGAGUCUGCUCAAGCGAUCGGGCACGGGCACACCUCCGUCCUAUCGAUCCUACAUCGGCGGCAGCACCAAGGGCUGGUACUGGCUCAGUCGAUUCCGACUACCGGCGGCGCAGACGGCCCCGCGCUCGACGGGGAACGUUUACUACGGCUCCGGCAACAAGGGUCCCAAAUGGGAGAUCGAACUCGAGAACACACGGGCAGCGGACGAAAGUGCCGUGCGGUUCUUUUGGGGCUGCGAGCGGUGGGCGCCGCGGGCCUUGGAGCGGCAGCUCGACCAGGGCAUCUGGUUCCUCGCCGACGUGUCCACCGACGUUCUCUUUCCGCGCCAUCCACUCUUUUCGCACCGAUUCACCGAAGAACGGAACGCUGCGCGGCGAUCACAGUUUUGGGGCCGGCUGUUGGAGCUCAUGGGUGGGCCGUACGCGCCGCUUUCUCGAUUCGCGAUGCUGACCGACGAUGCCCACGAGCGGCUGCUUCACCGCGGCUCCGUCUGCUGCGGCGGCAACGACUUCCUCUUCCACCAACACGACAACGACUUUGCUAACGAUGAAGAAGAAGAAGAAGAUGUCGAUGACGAGGGCCAACACUAUUAG